UUUCAAGAUGCAUACUAUGUCCAUGAAUUCAGAGGGUGGAAGGGUGCCACUGUGCAUGAUCCCCUUGAUGCACAGGAUCAAGAUCUGGCCCUCCAAAAGUUCAUUGAUGUGCUUCAUAUGGAGAGGAUAGAUCCAGACAGUUGGUACAUUGAUCAUGCCACUGGGCAUGAAACUGUUCUCAACCAUUGUCUCCCAUCUCUGGAUCAGGAAGUCAUCAACCCAAUAGUCAUCAAAUCCCCAUUCCAUGUUGAUCACAUGAUGCACCUAAAAGAACUUGCUGGUUUCCAAUAUGCACCUGGGAGGAAAGGUCAUGAUGAUGAAGUUCACUACAUCCAGGCCUAUGCAACAGAGAAGACUAUGUCAUACCAGCUUCAUCCAGGUUUAUUCACUCCACUGGAUCUCAUGUCUCUCUUCAUCACAGACAAUCUUGAAACCCUCAUCAAGAAAACUGAGGAGAUGAGCAAGAUCUUGUUCAAUUGUACUGGUGGUGAGGCUGGACAUGCACAGGAAGGUUGUGCAAGGCUCAAAUGCAUGUAUUAUCACAAAUGGCUUGACCUUAUUGCAUUGCUUGGAGUCCAAUCAUGCAACAGAGUGCAAGCAGCCAUCAGACAGAAGUUCAGUACUCUGGUGUGGAUCCCAUUCACUGGAUCAGAUAGGAUAUGGUGCACUGGGCCUAUGACAGGGAGGGGGUGGUUUACAUUGCCUGAGGGACACCCUCCAGCAGGACCCCAGAUUGCCUUGAAUCUGCAUCUGAAUGUCAGGCAUCUGGGAUUGGGAAACCUUUCUUGUGGGUCAUGUCCACUUCAAACCAUGCAGAUGAUAUCAUGGAUGGUGAGGAUGAGGAUGGUAAUGUGCUGCCAGCUGCACCCAGGGCUGCCAUACAGCAUGAGGAUGAGGGAGAUGAUAGGAUAUCUUUAUUGUGAGGAGCAUUGA